AGAUGAAUUUCCUGUCAUUUACUGGAACUAUAUUCAUAGAGGACACUUGGUUUACAGUGAGAUGUAUACCUGUAACAAGUGUCUACUUAUGAGCUGAGACAAAUGACAACAUUGUGUAAUAUGCAGGCCAUUAAGAAGGAGCCCUCAUGUAGUGGGCCCGACACUGCAGAGGAUGCCCUGGUGCUGGCUUUGCAAGGGGCAGACAGGGACCUGAUUACUCACAAGAUGUCAACUCUGCCAUUUAAGACCAAGUCUUCUACCUGUCGCAGAAAACGCGAGUUCAUACCAGAUGAGAAAAAAGAUAACCUGUACUGGGAGAGAAGGCGCAAAAACAAUGAAGCAGCUAAGUGCUCUAGAGAAAAUCGUAGGCUUAAUGAUAUGGUGUUGGAGAACAAGCUCGUGGCCCUUGGGGAAGAGAAUGCAUCCCUGAAAGCUGAGUUGCUGUCUCUUAAACUCAGGUUUGGCUUGGUGAGCUCAGCAGCUUAUGCCCAGGAAGUGCAAAAAAUUUCCAGUUCCACUGCUGCACUCUUCCAGGACUACACAAGAAAAAUAGAAUCAGCAAGUUUGACCAGCAGCUAUAUAUCUGUCAUCAAGCACUCAUUUCACAGUGCUUUAUCUGAUGGAUCUGACUCAAGCAUGCUGACUCAUGAAAGCCCACUUAUAAAUAUUUCCAGAUUCCCUGAUAUCAUUAAGCAAGAACGUCUAGAAACCUGCAUUUAUGCCAAAGACAGGACUAGUCCAUAUGAACUAUAUAGAAACUACCUUAGUAGUCCUUUCCCUGAGAUAUUGUCCCAGCCAUCUCCAUUCUUGCAAAUCACCAGAUCGUCUAGCAAUUCACCACGAAUGUCUGAUGGUGAUGACAUAAGCAAGUCAUCGGAUGGGGAAGAUGAACAACAGGUCCCAAAAGGCCCAUUUCCUUUUAAGGCUGUGUCAAAGAGUGUGAUAGUUUCCACCCUCAAGGUGCCGGAUGCCAGUGCUUCAGCUUUGCCUCACAAAUUGAGGAUCAAGACUCGGGCAAUCCAGAUUAAAGUAGAGGCUAUAGAUCCCAAUUAUGAAUCGUCCAGAAAAUACUCCUCUCCCAUUGACAUGUCUGCGAGUGGAUGCUAUCAAAUGUGUCAGUACGCUACACCGGAGUACAUGCAGUCUUCUCUAAGCCCUUUGUCUCUGCAGGCAUCCAGUGUUCAGGACUGGAAUCACCAGCCUCAGGAAUGGCACAAAGAUCACCAGGAGGCACCCGCUGACUGCAAGCACCGGCUCUGUCCAGACUCACCAGAACCUAACAAACGAAUUAUUGACCGUAAAACUAUCUCCUAUGCUAACACUGCAUCUGGGAACUUAUACUUGAAAUGAGACAUUGCUGAUCUGUCAGCAGAAGUGGCCUCUUUAAAAAGACUAAUUACAAAUCGGCAAGGGUCUGUUAUUGAGUCUACAAAAAACACUACUGAAAUAAACUCAUUAUCAAAAUGAUGUACAGUAUCUCAAAGUAAGUCCCUUCUCUUUGCACAAUUCCUGUUUUCCACUGCGUUUGCUAAUGCACUGUGUGGUUCUCAUGGUGUCAAAAUCCUGCACUUCAUUGUGAGGAAUGGUGUUUUGUGCACUUACUGUUGUAGUGUUCUCUUGAUGACUGCAUUUGUAUACCAGUGGACAAAAUUCAGGUUACUGUUAAUGCAAAAUUAAUGUUAUCUUCUCAAAAUGUAUUGUAUCAUAUUAUUUUUUGGUUUACAAUAAAUGUA